AUGAAGCCCUUUAUGUACAAAAUCGACGAGGACGGGGACACAGUCCUCAUCCUCCAGAAAGCCAAUCAACCAAUUGCAGCACGAGAAACCGAUCACCCCUGGGACGACGCCCUCCCGCAGUACCUGACCGAGGAAGCGCGCCGCAACGAGGCAGAGGUAACCGCUCGUGCAGCAAGGCACCAUGCCAACAACCACAGAGAAGUCUGGAUGCAGCUUUCAUCCUCCAAGCUCGCCCUUGCGUCUCCCAAAUGCAGGCAGAUGACGCCCAGCAACUUGCCUGAGACCCGGUCCAACGUCGCGUACAAGUACAUCCUGCUUGCCGAGAGCUGGGACGAAAAGGCCCUGGAGCUGGUAAUGAGCAUCAUCCACGGCCAUACCGCUGACGUUCCCGAGCGAAUCAGUCUCGACACGCUGGCCAAAGUUGCCGUCGUCGUCGCCCACUAUCAGUGCUCGGAACUGUUGAAGCCGUACGCAGACAAGUGGAUCGCCAAACUCGAUGAGCCCUUCCCAACCUCGUACGGCCGGAACCUUGUGCUGAGGCUCUUCGUAUCAUGGGUCUUUGCAGAUGAGUUUGACUUUAAGGAACUGACCAGGGUAGUUGUUCGUGAGAGCAGAGGCCCCAUGCACUCUCUCGGUCUGCCUCUACCGGAACGAAUCAUCACUAACUUUGGUCUCGGCAAGCACUCGCCCACCUGCUCCUCCAUCUACCCAGCCCACAGCGCGCCCUCCUGCUGCACGAUCCUCCCCGACGCGCUUGUCGACGGCUUGCGGGACGUUGGCCUCGAGUCGGUGCCGAACGCGCAGUUCUCAGGCUACAGCAUCGUGGCCUUGGAGGAGGCUCUGCGGCGCUUCGAGCGGCCCAACGUCGCGAGCUUGUUGUGGUCGUGUGAGCUUCAUGGCUCGCUGUGCUUUCUUCCCGCGGAGGUCAAUCAUGUUCUUCAUGGCCUGCAGCUGGAAAAUGUGCCGGGCUUGGAGUUGUCGCAGUUUCGGGAUGAAGGCCCUUAG